AUGCAACAACCUUCUUUUGCGAUACUGAACACACCAGCCAGUUUCACAAAGCCCAACUUCCUUGAUCCCCAUGAAGUGCAGGAGAGGCAGCCCAUCUCCCUCGUGUACAAGGAGAAGAGCUGGCAGAAGACCAUUCGCUACUUCCUCACGCGCCACGGCCAGAGCAUCACCUCCCUCCACCUCAUCUUCACCAACUUGCAGCAGCUCCCCACCCUCCGCCCCUUGAUCGCUCGCUGCAGCCCCUCCCUCUCCUCCUUCAGCAUCAAGCUGUGGGGCUUCGUGGACAGCGACGAGGAGCAGGAGGACGAAGCCUGGACUCUCGACUUCCUCACCGGCUGCUCGCGCCUGCACCAGCUGAAGCUGGGCUGGGGCAUGUGGAACCUUGACGAGAGCUGUGCGAAUGCAGCGUGGGUGAGGUCCAUCCGCUGCCUGACCCUGAAGCACAUGGAUAGGAGAUAUAGAAACUACAAGUUCCUCGAGUCGAUCACGCCGCAGCUGCACGAGUUCACGCUCUACGAGCACUGGCACCUCUCUCAUGGGCCCGUCUUUGGCUCCCACGUCAUGGAAUUCAACUUUUCCAAUGCCCGCCUCCUCCGCUUCCGCUUUGCCAGCAACGAGCUCAAGCUCAAGCUCACCGUGCCGCCCUCACUAAAGAGCCUAUCGGAGCGCCUUGUCAUCUCCUCCCUCCACACCGCAUCCACGCGAGCCGUGUACCUCAAUGGGCCGGCCAGCGAUGAGGAAUCCAGCUGCCCGAGGCUCUCUGCUCAGCUGCCCCCUUCCUGGCAGCAUGUUCCAUACGGCAUCUCUAACUUCUCCUGGACCAACUGGCUGGGCUCCAUAGCGCAAAACGUUGAGGUACUUAUAGUGAGGCAUGGGAUCCCGAUCGAGGAGGUGGAUGAGGUGUGGAGAAACCUGCGCAGCCUUGGGAUUGUCGCGCACGCGAAGGGGGAGCAUAGUAAGGAGUGGGAGGCGACGCUGGAGAAUGACAGGGCGUUUAUGGAUGAUGGGGAGUAUGAUGAUGAUGAUAUGGAUAAUUAUGAUGAUGACGAGGAUAGUAUCAAGCUUCCCUCCAUCCGCGCUCCGAAUCUUCAGUUCCUGUUCUUCCCUUCCAGCAAGGCGUGUGAUGCGUCCACACUGGCUGCACUGCGGCAGGACUACCCCGCCCUAGCGCUCUACUGUGUGGUGGACCGUUCGUUCUACUGGCACAGGAAGGGCGAGAGGGUGAGCAAUGCGCCGCUCAAGCAUGUGCGGCAGGCAAAGAGCGGGAUGCUGCGGCAUAGGUUUCUUGAGAAGAAGCCGAAGAAUGUUAGGGAGAAGAUGUACAGUGUGAACAGGAAGCUGGUGGAGGGGUAUAGAGUUGAGGAGGAUGAGGCUCAUAUGUUGAAGUACAAAGGAAGCCGCAUUUUUAGAGUUUCCGCAUCUCCCGCCGCCAUCCCCGCAUCCCUCAUGUCUCGGAAAAUCACAGCCACCGCUUUGAGGUCCCCACCAGGUGCCUCCGCCGCAUCAGGCGCCGCAUCAGGCGCCGCAUCAGGCGCCGCAUCCGGCGGCGCAGUUGCGGCGCGAAAUUCAGCCGGCAGCUCAGGAACCACUCCAGGCCUGCGGAGCGGCAGAGGCGGCAGGGGGAGGGCGGUGGCGGCUCGCGCAAGUGGCGGCGGUGGGGGGGAAGCAGAGGCAGCGGGGGGAACGGGCGGAGGCAUGGUGCUGGCCGCCGUGCUUGUCGCAUGCAUUGGCGCAUUCGCCUUCGGUUACCACAUCAGUGUGGUGAACGGGCCGUUGGAUCACAUCCUCAUCAGCAUCGGCGCGCCUGGCAACUCCCUCGUAGGAGGUACGCUAGUGCUGCCAUGCCAUGUGUGUGUGCCUCUUGCUACUACAUUGCCUCACGGUCUGUUGUUUCUCCUUGUCAUCCCUCCACUCCCACUGUCUGCUGCUCUCCAUAGACCCCUCUACUUAUGCGCGCUGUCGUGGUUGGGUGGUGAGUGCAUCGUUGCUCACAGCAGCGUGCGGAGUGCUCUCAGGCUGGGUGGUGAGUGCAUCGCUGCUCACAGCAGCGUGUGGCGCGCUCUCAGCCGGCUGGCUCGCCGACUCUGUGGGCAGGCGAACCACCUUCCUGCUGCUCUCGCUGCCCCUCGCACUCGGGAGUGCUCUCAGCAGUCCCCAUCUUCCCCCCCGCCAUACAUUCAAACGCUCACUCCCCAGGCAUGUGGUCAUAGAAGCCCCCCCCUCUCCCCUCUCCCCUCCCGCUUCCCUCUAUGCCUCCAAACGCUCACUGCCCGGGCAUCGAUGCGCCGCCUCAAGUGCCACAGCGUCAUCGCCACCACAGAUGCUGGUGGGGAGGCCGCUCACAGGGCUAAUCAUAUUGGAACGUCAUCGGUGCCACAGAUGCUGGUGGGGCGUGCGCUCACAGGGCUGGCCUUUGGCGUCAUCUCCUGUGUUGUGCCCGUCUACAUCUCCGAGGGCUGGCCUUUGGCGUCAUCUCCUGUGUUGUGCCCGUCUACAUCUCCGAGGGCUGGCCUUUGGCGUCAUCUCCUGUGUUGUGCCCGUCUACAUCUCCGAGGGCUGGCCUUUGGCGUCAUCUCCUGUGUUGUGCCCGUCUACAUCUCCGAGGGCUGGCCUUUGGCGUCAUCUCCUGUGUUGUGCCCGUCUACAUCUCCGAGGGCUGGCCUUUGGCGUCAUCUCCUGUGUUGUGCCCGUCUACAUCUCCGAGGGCUGGCCUUUGGCGUCAUCUCCUGUGUUGUGCCCGUCUACAUCUCCGAGGGCUGGCCUUUGGCGUCAUCUCCUGUGUUGUGCCCGUCUACAUCUCCGAGGGCUGGCCUUUGGCGUCAUCUCCUGUGUUGUGCCCGUCUACAUCUCCGAGGGCUGGCCUUUGGCGUCAUCUCCUGUGUUGUGCCCGUCUACAUCUCCGAGGGCUGGCCUUUGGCGUCAUCUCCUGUGUUGUGCCCGUCUACAUCUCCGAGGGCUGGCCUUUGGCGUCAUCUCCUGUGUUGUGCCCGUCUACAUCUCCGAGGGCUGGCCUUUGGCGUCAUCUCCUGUGUUGUGCCCGUCUACAUCUCCGAGGGCUGGCCUUUGGCGUCAUCUCCUGUGUUGUGCCCGUCUACAUCUCCGAGGGCUGGCCUUUGGCGUCAUCUCCUGUGUUGUGCCCGUCUACAUCUCCGAGGGCUGGCCUUUGGCGUCAUCUCCUGUGUUGUGCCCGUCUACAUCUCCGAGGGCUGGCCUUUGGCGUCAUCUCCUGUGUUGUGCCCGUCUACAUCUCCGAGGGCUGGCCUUUGGCGUCAUCUCCUGUGUUGUGCCCGUCUACAUCUCCGAGGGCUGGCCUUUGGCGUCAUCUCCUGUGUUGUGCCCGUCUACAUCUCCGAGGGCUGGCCUUUGGCGUCAUCUCCUGUGUUGUGCCCGUCUACAUCUCCGAGGGCUGGCCUUUGGCGUCAUCUCCUGUGUUGUGCCCGUCUACAUCUCCGAGGGCUGGCCUUUGGCGUCAUCUCCUGUGUUGUGCCCGUCUACAUCUCCGAGGGCUGGCCUUUGGCGUCAUCUCCUGUGUUGUGCCCGUCUACAUCUCCGAGGGCUGGCCUUUGGCGUCAUCUCCUGUGUUGUGCCCGUCUACAUCUCCGAGGGCUGGCCUUUGGCGUCAUCUCCUGUGUUGUGCCCGUCUACAUCUCCGAGGGCUGGCCUUUGGCGUCAUCUCCUGUGUUGUGCCCGUCUACAUCUCCGAGGUGCGUGUGCGGUGCCCCCUCCUCUCUGCCUGCCCACCUCUCUGUCCCCCUCUCUGCCCAUGGGGCCUUUGGCGUCAUCUCCUGUGUCGUGCCCGUCUACAUCCUUGAGGCUAUACGCUUUCCAGUUCCGUUUGCCUUUCCACAGAAGCCCUUUUCAGCCUGCUGUCUGAAUGUCAUCGCACUCUGCUCUGCCUCACCUCCUGCUCUGCCUCACCUCCUGCUCUGCCUCACCUCCUGCUCUACUCACGUCAACUCGCUUGCUGCUCCACCUGUGCUCGCCUUGCCUCCUGUGCUAUGCACUGCACCGCUGCAGUACCAUCUCCCCCACACCACAACAAACCUUGUCUGUCCCCUCGCGCCCCUCCCUCUGGUCUGUGGAGGCAGAUAUUCUGGAUUGGAGUGGCACCAGCGGCCGCCCUGGCUGCGACUUUUAAGUCGACUCAAAAGUCACCACUUUCUGCUCCCCUGCCCCCCCGCCUCUCCGCCAAUCAGGUGGCGGCAGAUGUUUUGGAUUGGAGUGGCACCAGCGGCCGCCCUGGCUGCUGGCAUGCUGUGGGCGCCUGAGAGCCCGCGGUGGUUGGCUAAGAUGGCUCGCGAAGGUGGGUUGAGUGGGCAUGGCAUGGAGUGGGAUGGGUUCACGGCAUGGCGUGGGGUGGUGGGCAGGAUUGACGAGGCCGAGAGGCAGCUAAAGCGCCUGCUGGGUCCCUCCCAGGCUGCUGCUGCUGCAGCGGAGCUCUCCUCCUCCUCGCCUCAACCUGUUGCCUCCGCCAAGGGAGCAGCAGGUGCAGCGGUGGAUGGGUUGGCGGAGGCAGAGGCAGGUGUUGCGAGGAAACGGGCAGACGAAGCACCUGCCGCAUCGUUAUUCACCCUCUUUUCGAAGCGCUACCGCAAAGUGGUGCUGCUGGGCAUGGCGCUGUUCGCAGUGCAGCAGUUCGCGGGCAUCAACGCCAUCAUCUACUACUCCUCCUCUGUCUUCCGCUCCGCCGGCGUUCAAUCCGACGUCGCUGCCAGUGCCCUUGUGGGCCUCGCCAACGUGCUAGGCACGGCAGUCUCACUCAACCUGGUGGACCGUCAGGGCCGCAAGAGCCUGCUCAUGGGGUCCUUUACCGGCAUGGGCUGUUCGAUGCUGCUUCUAGCCCUCACGCUCUCCUUCCCGCCACUCCAGCCCGUAGCAGCGCCGCUCUCUGUGUUGGGAACAGUCGCCUACGUUCUCUCCUUUGCCAUGGGAGCCGGACCCGUGCCGGCCCUACUCCUCCCCGAGAUCUUCCCCUCCAACAUCCGCGCCUCUGCUGUGGCAGCAGCGCUCACCACGCACUGGCUCUGCAACUUCGUUAUAGGCCUCUCCUUUUUAGGGUUUGUGAAGGUGGUGGGUGUGGCGGCAGCGUAUGUGGGGUUUGCGGCGGUGUGCUUUGUCGGGGUGGUGUUUGUGCGCGCGUGUGUGGUGGAGACCAAGGGGCGGAGCUUGGAGGAGAUUGAGCGGGAGCUUAUUGCUGUUAUUCCUAUCGGACAACAGCAACGAAGGGGUCUGGCGGCCGGACCAUCUAGAGUCAACCUAGCAGCCGCGCCGUCCGCCGUUGCGCGGGCAGCGGAGCCGUCUAAUUUCAACGUGCUGGAAGGGGCGGCGGAGAGUAGCGGACGCGUGUUUAUCACCGCGUACGACGACAAGGGCUUCACGGUGGGCGGCAGGGACCUGGACUCCUCCAUCCUCUGUGUGGGUGACGUGGCGCUCUGCUGGUCGCCCUCCUGCCUCGCUGACGUCACACCCGACAGCCUGGCUCUCUUUCAGCUCAUUCGCCCGCAACCAGAGCUACUGCUGCUGGGCACGGGGCAGCGCAUGCAGGCAGUGCCGGGGCAGCUGAGGGAGUUUGUGAGGGCGUGUGGCAUGAAGCUUGAAGUGCUCUCUACUCGCCAUGCCAUAUCCACACUCAACGUGCUCAACGAGGAGGGUCGGUCCGUUGCUGCUGCGCUGCUGCUGCCCUCCGCCUGA